AUGAAGAUGCUGUUGGUUGUAGCUUCCCUGCAGUUACUCCUUGCUCCUGUAUUUAUGCAACCCACUGACUACUGGGAGGAAUGGGGGCCGUACGGAGAAUGCAGUCGCACUUGUGGGAUCGGAGUGACCAUGAGGACUCGACAAUGUAUCACUCAAAGGACUGAUGGAGGGAACAACUGUGUUGGCCCAGAUCGUUCCUAUCGCACUUGCAAUAUUCAGGACUGCCCUGAGGGUUCCAGAGACUUCCGAGAAGAGCAGUGCUCCAAGUUUGAUGGAUCUGACUUCCAAGGAAAAUUCUACAAGUGGCUGCCCUACUAUGGAGCUGAGAACCCAUGUGAGCUUAACUGCAUCCCCAGAGGAGAGAAUUUCUUCUACCGCCACCUCGCAGCUGUGGUGGAUGGCACGCCCUGCCACCCAGGUGGAAAGGAUGUGUGUGUGGAUGGAGUCUGCAGGCGUUUGGGCUGUGACAACAUGCUGGAGUCAACCCAGCAGGAAGACCCAUGCCUACAGUGUGGUGGGAAUGGCCAGUCCUGCUACCUGGUCAGAAACACAUUCUCCGUUCGUGACCUACCUAAAGGUUAUAACCAGAUGUUCAUUAUCCCUGUUGGUGCCACCACUAUCAGCAUUCGGGAAGCUGUGGCUUCUCGUAACUACUUGGCCAUCAAGAACCUGCGUGGUGAGUAUUACCUCAAUGGCCACUGGGUCAUUGAGUUCUCUCGUGCCACCCCCAUCGCUGGGACCAUGCUCUAUUACCAGAGAGGCUCAGAGGGAGAAUCAGCCCCUGAAACCAUCAUUGGACGUGGUCCUACAACUGAACCCUUAGUAAUUGAGCUGAUAACACAGGAGCCAAACCAGGGAGUGGAAUAUGAGUAUUACCUACCUCAUGGUCGUUCCAGAGAAGGCUACUACUGGAGCUACGGCUCGUGGUCAUCCUGUAGCUCGGAGUGUGGUACAGGGUACCAGUCCCGACUAGUCUUCUGUGCUAUAGAUAACGAAGCCUACCCAGACUACCUGUGUGCUUCCCUACCUCGGCCUCUCAGUAAUCGCACAUGCAACACUCAGCAGUGCCCAGAGACCCGUAGGAUGGCGUAUCUGUACCCACCGCAAAUGUGGAGGCCCAGAGAACCGCCACGGGUUUAUGUACAGGUGUACAGCUGGAAGGUAGGCGAAUGGAACCAGUGCUCAGUGACGUGUGGUGGGGGCUCCCAGGUGCGGAGAGUAGAGUGUGUGUCUCAUGAUGCAUCGGGAUCUCGAGUGGUGGAGGACUCCUUGUGUGUGACCUAUGCCCCACGACCCCUCAGCCAACAGAACUGCAACAUGCAGCAGUGUGCUGAGUACAGAGUCUCUAACUGGAGCCAGUGUUCUGUAACCUGUGGCACAGGUCAGCAGACACGGGAUGUAAUGUGUGUGGGUGCAAGAGGUGUCCGUCUUGAGGACUAUGCCUGCCGGGCUCUGCUCGCGCCAGUCAAAGUUCAGACCUGUCAGAUGCCCGUCUGCAGGCUCCGAAUAAGCUGGCACGUGGGUGACUGGGGUUUGUGCUCUAAGAGUUGUGGCUCAGGACUACGUGAACGUCAGGUGAUCUGCUCUGACAAACAGAGGAACCUAUAUGGUGUGGAGCUGUGCAGUGCACAUCCUAAACCCCCCACUGUGGAGAGCUGCAACACUCAACCCUGCUACAGCCCACAACUGGUGCCCAGUAUGCAGGAUCCCUCAGGACACGACAACACGCUGCAUGGUUUCCUGCCAUUCCUCCCUGAAGAGUCCUCAACAGAUGCACUGGAGUCGCCACAGGUCAACACGGUGUAUGAUCCACACGGCUCUGGUCUGACUCCUCACUGUAGUCAGACUCAGUUUGGCUGCUGUCCUGAUGGUAGGACUCCAGCUCGAGGCCGCCGGCGCCAGGGCUGCCCCCACGACUCUGCCCAGCCCGCCUGCACCCGCAGCAGUUAUGGAUGCUGUGAGGAUGGUCUGACUGCUGCCCAGGGUCCUAACAGGGAAGGUUGUCAGGAAUAUUCCCCCCUUGUCCCUACGGUUGCAAUCCCUGUGGCCCCAGCUCAGCCAACAGACUGUCGGAGCUCCACUUAUGGAUGUUGUUUUGAUGGAGUGACCGCAGCUAGUGGGCUUUACGGAGAAGGCUGUCCCAAUUCCCCCAACAGCGGUCAGCGAUCACCGUCAUGUAACCUGCCUCACACGGCCGGUAAUUGCGACCAGUGGACAUCGCGCUUUUAUUUCGAUCCCAUCACCUCCCGUUGCAUCCAUUUCUGGUACGGUGGUUGCCAGGGCAACAGCAACAACUUCAUGACGCGUGAGGAGUGCCAGAGGGUGUGCCAGCCAGCGGAGCCGAUUCGGUCACGGGACAUGAGCCGCGUCUUUACCGUGCAGCGCAGCGGCAGUGCCACCCCUACCCGUAUCCGCCUGGGUGCCAGUGCUGCCACCCAAGCUCACCGCGCCAGGCUGCAUAUGAGAGCCCGCCGACCCGCUGCCAGCGCCGUCCAGUACACCAACCCCGCCGCGAGCUGGACCGCUGUGGGAGUGAGUAUUGACAAGUCGGACCCCUCUACGGUGGAGGGGCUUGUGGGACAGCAGGUAGUCUUACCCUGCAGGGUCAGCCCAUCCCCUUCCUCCACUGUGGUAGUAGAGUGGAGAAGAGAUGGCAUCCCAAUUGAUCCCCUCAGACACCAGCAGCUGCCUGACGGCUCUCUGCUGGUGGGCCCUGUGACUGUCCAGGACUCUGGUUGGUUCUUAUGUGUGGCCACACAUGACCGUGAGCGAGAUCAUCGUUAUAUCUAUCUAUCUGUCUCAGCUCCAAAAGAGACUCCAAAAGUAGUGGAGGACCGCCAAGUGCCAAAGGAUGAUACAGACCGAGCAGAACCUUACAGUAUCAGAUUCAGCAUUGACCACUCUGGGUCCAGACUGGUGGAGGGUCGUGCUGGCCAGACUGCCAGACUACACUGUCGAAUCACUCCCGCAGCAGCACUGCCCUCAGUUAGCAUUAAGUGGACCAAGGAUGGACAGCCUCUCAGUUCAUACAGACAUACCCAACAUUCUGAUGGCACCUUGGAGAUUAGCCAGUUGAAGUCAGAUGAUUCUGGUGUCUACACCUGCUCAGCCUCCACCAGACAACAACUGGAACAGAAACAAAUUCAACUAAGAGUCUUACGUGACCUGAUGAUCACUACUGCCCCCAGUGAUGUGAAGGUUGUUCAGGGCAGCUUUGCUCAGCUCCCCUGUGUGGUGUCUGGGGACAAUGUCAACGUGGGCUGGUCCAGAAAUGGUGUUCCAGUGAGGCCAGAUGGGGCUCGUAUUCAGGUGUCUGCAGACGGGACUCUGGUUCUCAAUAAUGUCCAACCGUCGGACGAAGGUGCUUACACUUGUAACGCCUACUCUGGAACAUAUUCGGUCAGCGCCACAGCAGAAGUACGAGUAGUCGAGUCUCCAGAGCCAGACACAAGUAUUCCAGAGCAGUGUGUGGACCAGCCGGAGUUGGCCAACUGUAAGCUAAUUGUUUAUGCCCGCUUGUGCUCCAGCCAGUAUUACUUCAGCUUCUGUUGUGCCAGUUGUGCCCACUACGCCAAGAGCCAGAACAUGCCAGUGCAGUUUUGGUACAGCUAG